GCAUGAUGACGUGGAAUGGGCCCAUGAUGGACCGGGGCAGCCUUGCCACUGCUCAAGCUUGAGGCUUGAAAUUGAGCAAGGUCCGUGACCUGGUGGGACCCUUUCCCGUUGCUCUUCGUCUCGGCAAUGCUGUCCGUCAGCUGGCAGUGGUCGGGUGCCUUUGAAGGGCGAAGUGAGUGGUCGAUGGUGGCUCGAACUGAGCCUGUUUAGCAUCUUAGAUGAGCAUAUUACAUUGGUGGGAUAGGGACCCAUAGCAAUGGCGAGCGCUCUUCAAACUCUUGCAGGGAGCUCGUUGAGAUCUAUCUGCACGGGCCUGGAUAGAUUUGCAAGUGAAUUUACUCCGCAACAACACAGCGGAUAUCAGGCAAGGUGUGCUUUGUUGUAUAGCGGGAAGGAUGGGGACAGAGUGAGGCUUUUCAGACGCAGCAGGCUGGCCUCAGUGGGGCGCUUGAGGGCGGUAGAUGGCAGUGGGCAGACUGGGGAUGCGGAGAAUGGGAUGCCAAAGGACCUCGUUCGCUCCCUCAUCCCCAAGGCGAGCAGCGCCCCUAAAGACCCCUCCGCCGGUCUGUGGGUCCAAUGCGAGUCCUGCCAGGCGAUGCUGUACGUCAAAAUCCUGAAGCAGAACAAGCGCAUCUGCGACCAGUGCGGCUCGCACCUCCCGAUGAGCUCUACCGAGCGCAUUGACCUGCUGAUCGACCCCGGCACGUGGGCGCCGCUCGAUGAGAACAUGAUGUCCAAGGACACGCUCGGCUUCGUUGAUGAAGAGAACUACUGCGAUCGGCUGAUCGAGUACCAGAACCGCACCGGCAUGACCGACGCCGUGCAGACUGGCACAGGGAAGCUGUACGGGGUUCCGGUUGCGCUCGGCGUAAUGGACUUCCAGUUCAUGGGGGGGAGCAUGGGGUCAGUGGUCGGAGAGAAGCUGACCCGCCUGAUUGAGCAUGCGAUCCACCUCAAGCUGCCGCUGAUCAUUGUGUGCGCAUCGGGAGGCGCGCGCAUGCAGGAGGGAACGCUCUCCCUCAUGCAGAUGGCCAAGAUCUCGUCGGCGCUGCACAUCCACCAGACAAAGAUGGGCCUGCUCUACAUCGCGGUGCUGACGUCACCCACCACCGGUGGUGUCACCGCCAGCUUCGGCAUGCUGGGUGACCUCAUCCUCGCGGAGCCGGAGAGCUACAUUGCGUUUGCAGGCAAGCGCGUGAUUGAGCAGACGCUGAACCAGGAGGUUCCUGAGGGCUUCCAGUCCGCCGAGUCGCUGUUCAAGCACGGCUUGUUGGACAUGAUUGUGCCGCGCCCCAUCAUGAAGGGCGUCCUCGGGGAGCUGCUGCAGCUGUACUCGCUCGCGCCCAAGCGGCGGAAGGAGGCCGCAAUCCCGUACCCGGUGAUCUCGCACUAAGCGCAUACUUGGGGAUCCCAUUGGGCGUGGGUGAAUGAUAAUCCAUCAUUAGCAAGGCCGAAGCGUUUUGCGUGGAAGGACUUCUUUAAGACGAAUCUGUUUCACACCGGUCAGUUGUGACAUUGUUUUGGAUGCUUUUGGGAAAGGAGACUGGUACAGCAUAGUAGGACUUCAAAAUCUGUAAAAUUCAUCAAACCGCAAUGUGUUGAAGAUUGUGUAGCUUGGCUAGAGUCAUUCUCGUCAAACAUGAUUGCGUCGACAUGUUGUACCAGAGUCUCACGCAGUCACCCCAUUGAUUGAAGGCCAAAUAUUCGUAAUCGGAGCUCGUGGAAGUG